UGCCUGCUGGUUUCAAUACAAGCACCCGCGUCAAUCAACAACUUUGUAGCUUUGCAUAACAAAUAACUAUUUUCGUCAUACCGGAAAGUAAUAAUUGUAUGCGUUAUAAUUCUAAUCAGCAAUCAGAGCGAAGUAUCCACGAAAUGUUAAAAGACACGCCACCUCUGCGCGAGUCAAGCGACUCUAUUACCUCAGGAACUGAACCUAAAUUCCCCACUUCACGUUCGAUGCCUUUUCCACCUGCAUAUGCUCCUCCUGACGUGUCACAGAAUGGUGCAGCAGGAUCAAGUACCUUGCUUCGCACUGGCUCCACCAAACUGGAGACUCUGAGGAAUUGGGGUGUAUCUACUUACAAAUGUACUAAACAGAUAUUAUAUGAAAAGCUUGGGAAAAGUUCAAGGACUGUGGACACUGAAUUGGAGGCUCAAAUAGAGAUAUUACGUGAAACUCAGCGCAAAUACAAUGGAUUGCUCCGUCUGAGCUCUCAGUUAACUGCUCAGCUAGCUGCUGCAGGAGCGUCACAGAGAGCACUUGGAGAAGCAUUUGCUGAACUGGCUCAAAAGUCACCUGAAUUACAAAACCAAUUUCUCUACAAUGCUGAUACACAACGGUCUUUGACACGUAAUGGAGAGACUCUUCUUGCUGCACUGCAUUUUUUUAACAACUCUCUUAACACUCUUACUAACAAGACUAUUGAAGAUACACUACUUACUAUAAGACAGUAUGAGGCUGCAAGGGUAGAGUAUGAUGCAUAUCGCAGUGAGUUAGAAGGUAGUGGAGGGAAUCCCCCUGAAAUAUUGCUUGCUAACAUUGAGAGACACCGCCGACAUUACGAACGCUUACGUGACGACUCUGCUGUCAAACUGAAAUUACUACAUGAAAAUAGAGUGAAAGUAAUGAACAAACAAUUACUCCUCUUCCACAAUGCCGUCUCAGCGUACUUUAGUGGAAACAAUGUGGCUCUGGAGGCCGCGGUACGUCACUUCAAUAUACUUACGCCUAGUCUGUCGCCACCACCUUCCUUAGUGGCAUCUCCGACAACACCACUUCAGCCUGCAGCUCCAAAUGUUCCACCCAGAACCGUGUAGAAGAGCCUAAAUGAGAGUAAUAUGUCUAGAGGGUUAGAUCUUGGUCACAGGAUUUAUAUGCAGGAAGACUUAUUGCAAGGCAUGCUGCCAGAAUGACAGAGUAUGUGAUAUAAAAUGUAAUUUUAUAAUAAAAAUAACAUGUUAGGAGGUGCACAUAGACAACAGUGCCAUUCUCAGUACAAUAAACUUGUGAUUGCAAAGCUGUGUAUGGCCAUGCCAUAACAACAAUAGUUUCACUAUUGGUGUGCUGUUCUAGUGAUCAAGACCUAAUUAUUGUUAAUACACAGUGUUUCAAGCCAAGCAAUAUUGAUAGCCUUAAAUCAAACUGUAGCGUGACCAAUUUGACAUCGAAACACGUUUUAUGUUA